CUGGCUGGCUCUGCUGAGUGUAACAAACCCAGAGCCCUCUCCAGACUGGCUGGGGCGGCCACCAGGAGACUCCCAGGGAACUCAGCCCGGAGGUGGGAGACGGGACCUCUACAGAGAGAAGACAGGCCGGCCCUUGGGGGAGCCGAUGUGGCCCCAAGACUGAGUUCAGUCAGGCUCUGGCCUUGGCCUCAGUCCCCCAAGGAGCCGGCCCUACACCCCAUGGGGUUAUCACUGCCCAAGGAGAAGGGGCUAAUUCUCUGCCUGUGGAGCAAGUUCUGUAGAUGGUUCCAGAGACAAGAAUCCUGGGCUCAGAGCCGAGAUGAGCAGAACCUUCUGCAGCAGAAGAGGAUCUGGGAGUCUCCUUUCCUUCUAGCUGCCAAAGAGAAUGAUGUCCAGGCUCUGCACAAGAUGCUCAAGUAUAACGCCUGUGAGGUGCACCAGAGAGGAGCCAUGGGGGAGACAGCACUGCAUGUAGCAGCCCUCUAUGACAACGUGGAGGCCGCCAUUGUGCUGAUAGAAGCUGCCCCUGAGCUGGUCUUUGAGCCCAUGACAUCGGAGCUGUAUGAGGGUCAGACUGCACUGCACAUCGCUGUUGUGAACCAGAACGUGAACCUGGUGCGAGCCCUUCUGAAUCACGGGGCCAGUGUCUCUGCCAGAGCUACGGGCACCGCCUUCCGCCGCAGUCCCCGUAACCUCAUUUACUUCGGGGAGCACCCUCUGUCUUUUGCUGCCUGUGUGGGCAGUGAGGAGAUUGUGCGGCUUCUCAUUGAGCAUGGAGCUGACAUCCGGGCCCAGGACUCCUUGGGAAACACGGUGUUGCACAUCCUCGUUCUCCAGCCCAACAAAACCUUUGCCUGUCAGAUGUACAACCUGCUGCUCUCCUAUGAUGGCCGUGGAGACCACCUGCAGCCCUUGGACACUGUGCCCAACCACCAAGGCCUCACCCCCUUCAAGCUGUCCGGAGUGGAGGGAAACACUGUGAUGUUCCAGCACCUGAUGCAGAAGCGGAAGCACAUCCAGUGGACGUAUGGGCCACUGACUUCCACCCUCUAUGACCUCACGGAGAUCGACUCCUCAGGAUGCGAGCAGUCCCUGCUGGAACUUAUCGUCACCACCAAGAAGCGGGAGGCUCGCCAGAUCCUGGACCAGACACCAGUGAAGGAGCUAGUGAGCCUCAAGUGGCGCAGGUACGGGCGGCCGUACCUCUGUGUGCUGGGGGCCAUCUACCUUCUCUACAUCAUCUGCUUCACCAUGUGCUGCGUCUACCGCCCCCUCAAGUCCAGGACCACCAACCGCACCAGCACUAGGGACAACACUCUACUGCAGCAGAAGCUACUCCAGGAAGCCUACGUGACUCCCAUGGAUGACAUUCGGCUGGUGGGGGAGCUUGUGACCAUCCUUGGGGCUCUGAUCAUCCUGCUGAUAGAGAUUCCAGACAUCUUCAAGAUGGGGGUCACUCGCUUCUUUGGACAGACCAUCCUUGGGGGGCCAUUUCAUGUUCUCAUCAUCACCUAUGCCUUGCUUGUGCUGGUGACCAUGGUGAUGCGGAUCACUAACACCAACGGAGAGGUGGUGCCCAUGUCCUUGGCCCUGGUGCUGGGCUGGUGCAACGUCAUGUACUUCGCCCGAGGAUUCCAGAUGCUGGGCCCCUUCACCAUCAUGAUCCAGAAGAUGAUUUUUGGUGAUCUAAUGCGAUUCUGCUGGCUGAUGGCUGUGGUCAUCCUGGGCUUUGCUUCAGCCUUCUAUGUCAUCUUCCAGACAGAGGACCCCACCGAGCUGGGCCACUUCUACGAUUACCCCAUGGCCCUGUAUAGCACCUUUGAACUGUUCCUCACUAUCAUCGAUGGCCCUGCCAACUACAGUGUGGAUCUGCCCUUCAUGUAUAGCAUCACCUAUGCCGCCUUCGCCAUCAUUGCCACACUGCUCAUGCUCAACCUUCUCAUCGCCAUGAUGGGAGACACGCACUGGCGAGUGGCUCAUGAGCGGGAUGAGCUCUGGAGGGCACAGGUUGUGGCCACCACAGUGAUGCUGGAGCGGAAGCUGCCUCGUUGCCUGUGGCCACGCUCUGGGAUCUGUGGGCGCGAGUACGGCCUGGGGGACCGCUGGUUCUUGAGGGUGGAAGACAGGCAGGACCUCAAUCGGCAGCGGAUCCAACGCUAUGCAAAGGCCUUCCACACCCUGGGCUCCGAGGACUCGGACAAAGACUCAGUGGACAAACUCGAUCUGGGCCGCCCCUCCAGCCCCCACUUGUCCCUUUCUAUACCCUCAGUGUCUCGAAGUACCUCCCGCAGCAGCAUCAACUGGGAGAGGCUCCGGCAGGGGACCCUGAGGAAAGACCUGCGGGGGCUGGUCAACAGGGGUCUGGAGGAUGGGGACAGCUGGGAAUACCAGAUCUGAGGGCACACCACCUCCAGAAAGUUGCUCUCAUUUUCCUGGGAGCAUCAAAACAAAACCAGGACCA